GAAAGAUCGUGGCCUUCCGCCAAUCAGAAGCGAGGAUUUCCCUCCUGUGGCGUUUUAUUCAUUGGCGACGAUGGAGACGACGUCCGACUUUAAGCGCAUCCUCGUGACCGGCGGCGCCGGCUUCCUCGGGCUGCACCUCUGCCGGCGCCUCCUCGAGAUGGGCCAUGACGUCAUCUGCCUCGACAACCUCUUCACGAGCCAGAAAAUCGGUCUCCGCGACCUCCAAAAGUACGAAAACUUUGAGUUUGUGCGCCACGACGUCACCAAUCCGUACCACGCCGAAGUCGACGAGAUCUACAACCUCGCGUGUCCCGCGUCGCCCGUGCACUACCAGUACAACCCGAUCAAGACCACCAAGGUCUCGUUUCUGGGCGCGAUCAACAUGCUGGGUCUCGCCAAGCGCCUCAACGCCAAGAUCCUGCAGGCAUCGACGUCCGAGGUCUACGGCGACCCCGAGGUCUCGCCGCAGCCCGAGACCUAUGUCGGCAAUGUCAACUGCAUUGGCGUGCGCGCGUGCUACGACGAAGGCAAGCGCGUCGCCGAGACGCUCUUCUUCGACUACCACCGCAUGCACCAGGUCGACAUCCGCGUCGCGCGCAUCUUCAACACGUAUGGCCCGGGCAUGCACCCGCAUGAUGGACGCGUCGUGAGCAACUUUAUCAUGCAAGCGCUUGCGAACGAGCCGAUCACGAUCUACGGUGACGGCAGUCAGACGCGGUCGUUCUGCUAUGUGGACGACCUCAUCACGGGCUUGAUCGAGCUCAUGGAGAGCGACCAGAAGGGCCCGAUCAACCUCGGGAACCCGCACGAGAUCACCAUCAUGGAGCUUGCGACGACCAUCAUCCGCCUCGCGGGCUCGACGUCGACGCUUGUAUGCAUGGCGUCGCCCAACGACGACCCGAAGCGCCGGAAGCCCGACAUUACACUGGCCAAAGAGCAUCUCAAGUGGGAACCGACCGUCGAACUCGAGGCUGGCUUGAUGCAAACGAUCGAGUACUUCCGCGGCCUGGACAUGCGCUUCUUCCGCAAGCCGACACCCCACACGGCGCACACGAGCAGCGAGAUGGACCAGACACUGUAACUUUGUACCAGAACAAGACGACGACAUGUGGUGCA